UGAGAAAGUCUUUAUGAAUUCAUUCACGCAAAUUUCCGAAAUAAGAUGAAAUGUGGUCAGCGAAGAAGAUUAAAUUCACCGUGUGCUCUUUAACACCUUUUCUGCUUUUACCUCUUGCUAUUUCACCGCAUCAAGAAUCGAAAUGCGCUUACAUCAUUCUUUGGAUGGCCGUCUACUGGUGCCUGGAGCCAGUCCAUCUUGCAGUGACUGCUCUCUUGCCGGUCGUCCUUAUGCCGACUCUGGGCAUUCUGACUGGAGAAGAAGUCUGCUCUAAUUACAUGAAGGAGGUGCUGAUGAUGUUUCUCGGUGGCUUAGCCGUGGCGGUCGCAGUGGAGCACUGCAAUCUCCACGAACGACUGGCUCUCAAGGUCCUCUUGCUCCUCGGCACGGACACCAAAUGGUUGAUGCUGGGGUUCAUGUUGACCACCAUGUUUCUAUCCAUGUGGAUUAGCAAUACAGCCACUACAGCCAUGAUGGUGCCCAUUGUCGAAGCCGUGAUGAUGGAACUUAAAUCAAGCGUACAAAGAACAACUACCGAUUCCGGGUCACUUGUGGCCCUGAAUGCUUUGCAUAAAACUUUGCUGCUGAGCAUUGCUUAUUCCGCCAAUUGUGGGGGCACUGGAACAGUGACCGGAACGUCUCCAAACAUGAUACUGAAAGGCUUUCUGGAAGAGCACUACCCAGAAAGUACCGAGCUGACCUUUGCUAGCUGGAUGGCCUACAAUGUCCCAGGUAUGCUCAUUUGUGUGUGCAUCGGCUGGUUAGUUUUGCAGGUUAUUUAUGUGCCUUGUUGGCACAAGCAGGACGAGGAAAAUAAAAAGAAUAUUCGGAGAGUGAUUUCAGUAAGAUACAGCGAACUCGGCGCUAUUACGUUCCACGAGAUGGCCGUUCUCUGCUGUUUCAUCGUCCUGGUGUUUCUGUGGGUUUUCCGUGAACCCAAGUUCAUGAGCGGCUGGGCGGAUCUCUUCUCUUCCGAUACUCGAAAAGGUGAUGCUGUUCCUGUUAUUGCAAUCCUGUUUCUGCUUUUCCUAAUUCCGGCCGAGCCUUGGAGAAUCAGGGAUAGCCCAGCUCUCCUCAAGUGGUCUGCAGUUCAAUCGAAAUUACCUUGGGGACUGGUCCUCCUUCUCGGAGGUGGUUUCGCGUUGGCUCAAGGAACACAGAAAUCUGGCCUUUCUAAAUGGCUGGGAGCCCAAAUGACGCAACUUUCAUUCCUCUCUCCCUCUGUAAUGCAAUUUCUUCUGUGCGCAUUUACGGCUGGACUCACCGAAAUCAUCAGUAAUUCCACGGUGGCCACCAUACUCUUGCCUGUGGUCAAUCAAAUGGCACUUACGUUCCAUAUCCACCCUCUCUAUUUAAUGCUACCCGUCACCGUGGCAUCAUCCUACGCAUUUAUGUUACCUGUAGCAACGGGACCCAAUGCCAUAGUGUUUGACAGUGGCCACAUGAAGACUGUUGACAUGGUGAAACCUGGCUCGGUGAUGAACAUCAUCUGCUGCUGCGUCCAGAUGUUUACGAUCAACACCUUAGGGACAGUGAUGUUCAAUCUGAAUACGUUUCCUUCUUGGGCGGGCAGCAGCAACGUAACGGAAGGAAACUGGACGUUUCCACUGACCAAUUCAACAAGAGAAAUAACCUAGCAAUUUGGUAAAAAUGGAAGAAAGUCGAUUUCUCUUUUUCAUAGACAGACUAAAUGGAGGAAAAAAUAUCAAAAUAGUUGAUAUUUUUCAAAUAUCAAAAUAUUUUUUUCUACGAAAAUAAGAAUUUCGAUUUUUUUUUUUUUAGAAACAGAAUGUGGCUCUCUUUUUAAGAAAAGAUACUAUCUUGCGUUUUAAUGCACAAAACACUAGAUAUAUGUUUUAAUACUAGAAGAACAAUCAUCAUACAAAUACUCGAUGUUUUAUUCUUCAAUAACAAUAUAAUAAUAAUAAUUUUAACUUCGAUUUCUUUCCUUUUUUUUUUACAUUGUGUAUCGAUCAUAGUAGCUAUAUCUGUGGAAUCUCUCACAGUCAUCUUCUUUUCCUAUGCGUAAUAUUUGCAUAUAAAUCGAAUUCACAAAGGUAAAAUAAAGAUUUUAGCUCAUUUAUUGCAUCUUUCACAUUCUCUGAUCUUAAUUGCAUUACAUUUAAUUUGCAUAUACAGGGUGUUUCAUAAUGGAACGAACAAUUCAUUCAAAUAGGAGGUUCGGUUCUAUUAAAUUAUUCUCUA